GAUAGUUCAAGAUAAAAACUUCAGGAUUAGAUAAGAUAAAAGAUAUUUAACAUGAUUACAAAUAUAAAUAAAUCUAUAAAUAAAUCUAAUUCAAAUUAAUAGUUUAGAAAUUUCAAUAAUAUAGAUUGGAAUAUUAUUGAGAAAAUUAUUAAAAGCUCAAAUGAAAAGUUUUAAAAAGAAAAAGAAUUUAAUGCUGAAGGAGAACUUAAUUUAAUGCGAAUAUUAGCUUCUUAUAGCAAUAUAUUAGAGUAAAAUGAUAUUAACCCUAACUAAGAUACUGAUUAUUAUAAUUUUUUUCUCACAGUUUCUAAAUACAUGUAAAAAAAUGGAAUACUUAAUUGGAUGGAGGCCUCAGCAGCUGUUCUAUAAAAUUCUAAAAGUAAUAAUAAUACCUCAUAAAGCUUUGAAUAAAAAUCAAAUUUAUGUGAUAGCAAAAACUUUUUGUUAGGAUAGCAAAUGAAUCAAAAAAGCCGUACUAAUUCUAAACAAUAUUUAACUAGUAAUUCAGGCUUUGAUAGGAUGAGCUAAGAUGAAUUCUACAAUCAAAAUUAAAGCAAUUCUGUUUUAAAUUUUAAUUAAACAAGAUUAUCAGAAGAUUUGCAAAUGGAAAAUAAUCCUCACAUUUAAAAUAGAAUAAGUUAGUCUCUUUAAACAUAAUAAGGAUUUAUUAGCACAAAUAGUAAUUUUAAUGAGACAUUAAGCAGGGAAGAUAAAAAAAAAUAACGUAAAAAUGCAAAAAACAACUUGAUUUAAACAAUAAAUAGUAAUCUAGAAUUAAUAGAAAAUAAAUUAGUGGAUAUUGAAGAAUCUUAAAAUAACAUUACUAGAUUGAAUAUUAGUGAUUUAGAUUUAUCAAAUAUUUCUCAUGCAAAUAUAAAUAAUAAUACAUUAGUCAGUAAUUUAAAUGCUCACCUAAAUUCAAUAAAAUAUGUUAACUAAACAAAAAAUGAAUUAAAAUCACAACUAGGAUUUGAUAAUUCAUUUUUGGAAUAAGCACUCAAUUAGACAACCUAGGACUAAACUAACACUUCUCACUGGUAAUAAAAUACUCAGUAUAUUAGCAUCAAAGAAUAAGAAUAAGAAGAAGACGAAGAUGAAGAAAAUGGUAAUGAGUAAUAUAAUGAAAAUACCUAGUAACAUAAAAGCUAAGAAAUAGAAAUCAAUUAUAAAAAUUAUGAUGAGAAUAAUCUAAAGUACAAUUAAUAAAAUGAAAAAAAAAGCAAUAAUUUUGCUCAUUCAGUUAAAACAAACUAUGGAAUUAAAAACAAUAAUCAUUCAAAUACCUCUUAUGACAAUGAUUUAUAUUAGAAUGUCCCAUAGCAGGAUACUUCAAUCAGCUAUGAGAAACUUUUUUCAAAUUAAACUUUGUUAACUGGUUAAGGAAAUCCUUCUCCUAUUUCUCAUAAUAAUUCAAUAUAAAAUCUAACAUAAUAUUAAGGGGAUUCAUAUUUCAACAAGUCAGCAACAAAUUAAUUUUCAAGAAUUGAAUAAUUAGGAAAUAAUUCUUUUACAAAUUCAUCUUUUAAGCAAAAAUAUUAUUAAAAGACUCUAGGAAAUAAUAUUUCAAAUAGCACCAAUAAUAAUUUAUAUUCCUCUAAAAUUAAUUUAUCUUCACAUUUAGAGAAAUUUAAUAAAUUAAAUAACUCAAAUAAUAAUAGCAUGAAUAAUUUAAAAAGUAAAUUAAAUGAUUAAAGCAAAUAUUUGUAGCCUUAAACAACUGAUUUUACAGAAUAUGCUAAAUAAAGCAAAGAUUAAUUUUAAAACUCAACUUUGAAAGGAAUGUCUUCAUUACUGUCUUUCAAUCCUUAAAAAUCAUAAUUACUAGCUAGCUUUGAAAAAUAAUUUUAGUAAUUAAACAGGAGAUAAAGUCAUGAGUCUGAAUUAAAUCAUACCUUAGGAAAAAGUGAACUAAAUCAAUUUAAUACUAGCCAGCCAAUAUUGCUCUAAAGUAAAUAAAAACACAACGUAAGCUUUGGAGAGAAUUCUAUUUUCUCGUUAGAUGAAAAUGAAUAAAAUUUUAAAUUAAAAUCUCAAUCAUUUAUUAGGUGGGUUUAAUUCGUGAAUAACAGGAGACAGAUAAAAUGGGAAAAAGAAGAAUAAAUAAGAAAAAUUAUUCUUGCAUUAGACUACUACUAAAGUAUGACAAAACAGAAAGUUUUUAUUCUAUUAAAAGGGUACAAUAUGUUGAUGAAGGAAAGAAGAAAAAAAGAAUAAGUUAUUUAAUUAAAAUGUCAAAGAAAUCUUAAAUAAAAAUAUUUUCAGCUCUACCUUUUGAACUAUUAAUUGUCAUUAAUAGAUACAAAGCAAAAUCAAAAAGCCAUUAAAUUUGCCAAUAGAAAAAUAAAAAUGAGAUACCUGGUCUUGCUAUAAAAAUAUAAAAAUAAGUAGAAAGAGAAAAGAUAGCAAAAUCCUAAAAAAUAAGUUUUUAAUAAAAUUUUUAUCGAAUUUGUUCUAAUGCUAGCGUUAGAAAAGAUAAACAUGGAUAUUUAAGACAAGAAAGAAUUUUGGUUGAGGAUAAAAAGUUUUUAAGAAGAAAAAGCUUGCAGUAUACUUUAAAAAUAUAUUAAAAGCUCGAAUAUAACAGAGUAGAACAUAUAAACUUAGUUAAAACCUCACUUGGAGUGGUUAAAAGUAGAUGCCAAAUAAAAAAUUUUUAAGUCUUUCAUAGAAUAUAAAAAAUUCAUGGAAGAUUCUUAGUAAUUUAGGAGCUGUAGAAUUAAAUUUUACAUUUUUUAAACAUGGAAGAAUAAACUCAUUAAGAAAAAGGAAUAGGAAAAUUUGCUUCAACAACACUUUAACUUGAAAUAUACCAAAAUUUUAGAAAAAAUUAUUACUAGCUGGAGAGAUAUUGCAACAAGGAAUAGUUUAUUAAAAUAACGAUAUAAAUAUCUAAAAAUAUAAUCAAAGUUCAACAUGUUAGAAAAGUACUUUUCUAGGUGGUAUGAUAAGUUUGAAUAUUAUGUUUAAAACAAAGAGGAGAUAAUAAAAGGCUAACAAAUUAAGGGAUAUUUAACUAUUAAGAGGGUAUUCUAAGCAAUGAUUAACUUCUAAUAGUAGUAAAUUCAAAAAAAGGAGUACUAUCAAUAUGCAUUUACUCAUUAUUCUAUCAAUUUGUGCAAGAAGACAUUUAGAGGGUAUGAAAUAAUUAAAUAAAAGAAGGAAAACUAUAAUAGAGUUGUAAACUAGGUCGAAGAUUACUUAAAUUCAAAGAUAUUAAAGAAUUUCUUUAAAAAUUGGAAAAAGCAAAUAAUUUAAGAAAAAAUGGUAAAUAACUUUAUCCGAUAAAUGCUUUACACAAAAGUUAUUAAAGGUUUAUAGAUAUAUUCCAAUAUUAUGAAAAAUAUCAAUAAUAAAAUAAAUAUAUUAGUUGAAAAGAGCAAUCAAAGAUAUCUAGUUCAAGGAUUAAAUGGAUUUAUCUAAAAUUACAUCUAACAAUAAAAAAAUAUUUAAUUGGCUUUUUCUCAUAACUAUAUGAAAAAUUUAGCUUAUUCUUUCAAAUAACUGCAAAAAAAUGUGUUAAGAAAAAAGAGAAAAUAUGUUUAUCUUGUUGAAUAUACUAAAAACAAGAGUAAAUAGUUCAUACUGAAGUGUUUUGAAGGGUGGAAACUCAGAUCUUAAAUAAAAUAGAGAAAAAGAAUGGCAAAUAAAAUUGCAGUUAACAAUUUUAUACAUAAUUUAUUUAAAAAAAUGAUUAAAAUAUUUAGGUAAAAUGUCGAAAAAAAUUAAAUUAAAUAAAAAAUCUAUGAAAUGAUGGAUUAGCAAAAUCAAAAAAAGUUUUUUAAUUACUGGAAAGAAGCUCAUGCUAGUAACUUAUCAAACAAGUUCUACUAGAAAAAAAUAUUAUCAAAAAUAUUUUCCUUGUGGAAAUAGUAAAUUGAAGAGAAAAUUAUUAAGUUGACCAAGAGAAAGCAAGCAGCUUUACUUUACACAUCAAAACUUAUGCAAAUAGCCUCUUUAUUUAUAGAAUGUUUAAAAAUAAAUAAAGAAAAGGCUUUGUACAAAAAGCAAGCUAUGGAAAGAGUGAGCUAAAUUUAUAAACAAAAAUAAAAGAAAAAGACAUUUUUGCUUUUUAAAAAUCAAAUUUAAAAAAUACAAAAACAUCAAUAAAAUUUCAAAGAAAUAUAAAAAAAAUGUACAAUAUCAAUCCUAAAAAACCAUUUUUAAAAUUGGCGUUAGACUUAAGAUAAAUCAAACAAAAAGUUUGAGUGUUUGAGAAAAAUGGAAAAAAUUAAUAGAAUGAGUAAAAUUAAACAAUCCUUUGAAGUUUGGCAGUAAUUUGUAAAUUUAAUGAAAUAUGAUGAAGCACUUUACUAAAAAUCUCAAAGUUUUAGGGAUUACUUGCUAAUAAAGAGAUUUUAUAAAAUAGUCAAACAAAGAAGUAUUGCUAGGCAAAAUGAGAUUGAAAAACUAAAGGCUGCUGAUUAUUACUAUAAAAGAUGCUCGUUUUAUAAAUUAGUGAAUACUUUCUAUAAUAGUAUCUAAGAGAAAAAAUAGAAAAGAAUUUCACUUAAGCACUAUGCAAUAAAAAUUUUGUCAACUAGUUUCUAUAACUGGAAAAGAUACACAUAAGAAAAGUAUGAAAGGUAGUUUUAUAAAAUAAUGAGUUCUAGUAAAAGAGAUAAUAUGCUAGAUAACAGUAUUAGCAACUAUGUAUCAGAAGAAUAAUCACCAGAAACAAUAAUACAAGAUAAUUAGUUAGCUGCAAGUAAUUUAAAUAUCAAUAGUAUCGGAUAUGAUACUUUAAGCAAAAUAUAAUAAUAAAAUUUUAAUAGCACUAUUUCAAACAAUAACAGUUCUAUUUUGAUAAAUAAAGACGCUUCUAACUUAACAAACAAUCUAAGUAAUUUAUUCAAAAACUCAGUUAACAAAAAAUCAGUCAAAUUUCAACAAAAUUUCUAAGAUGAUUUGCUUACAAGUAAUCUAAAUUAUACAGGAGUUUAAAACGACCUACAAUAAUAUUAACUUGAAGCUGAGGAAAAUCAAAGUAACUGA